AUGUUCAAGGGCAUCUAUCGCGGUAAACAAGUCCAUGCCGACGACACGGACUUGUUACUGCAACGUGCUAUUAAGGCGGGUGUUCAGAAACUGAUUAUUACCGGCACGAAUUUGGCGGAAUCCAAAGAGGCCAUUGAGCAGAUUGAGCAAAGUGAACACAAAGACAUGUUGUACUGCACAGUUGGGUGCCAUCCCACCCGGUGCGACGAAUUUGAUGCAUUUGAGCAAGGCCCACAAGGUUACUUUGAUGCUUUACUGGCAAUUGCUAAACAACACGCCAAAGUCGUCGCCAUUGGCGAGUGCGGUCUCGAUUAUGAUCGACUUCAGUUUUGUGCCAAGGAAACCCAAUUGCAUUAUUUCCAAAAACAGUUUGAUCUUGCCGAAAUAACGGGAUUGCCCAUGUUUCUUCACAACCGCAAUACAGGUGGCGACUUUUAUGACAUGAUUAAAACAAAUCGACACAAGUUCAAGCAUGGUGUAGUGCAUUCGUUUACCGGAUCCAUCGAUGAGAUGCGUGCAUUGAUUGAUCUCGGACUGUAUAUCGGCGUCAAUGGAUGUUCGCUGAAAACCGAAGAGAACCUGCAAGUGGUCAAGGAAAUCCCAGAAGAUCGUUUGAUGAUUGAAACAGACGCGCCGUGGUGCGAUAUUCGGCCGACGCAUGCUUCGCAUCAGUAUCUCAGCAAGAUCCCUGCCGAGGAACAGGCAUGCUAUUCGCCUCCCAGCAAAAAGAAGGAAAAGUUUGAGCCGGGCUGCAUGGUUAAGAGCCGAUGCGAACCGUGUACCAUCGGGUAA